AAAAAAAAAAAAAAAGAUUAAAAAAAAAAAAGAGGAAGCCACCACCAGAGGAGGUUACGGUUACCGGCGCUAUGGACCCCAGCGACGACGUCGGACACCCAGAACUGUUUUACGUACCCAUUCCUGAUGCAGCCCCGAGCAAGAAGGAGCAGGAGAAACUUUCCGGGGUGGUUAAAAAUGUCCACAGAAAGCUGCGCAGGAAAUACAGAGAAGUGGGCGACUUUGACAAGAUCUGGCGUGAGCACUGCAAGGACGAGCAGACGCUGAGCGAGUACGCCCUUGCCAUGAAGAACCUGGCAGACAACCAUUGGGCCGUCAACUGUGAAGGGGAGGGCCGCAUCGAUUGGUGUCGCAGUGUCUGCCAAGAAUACUUCCUGGAUGGUGGCAUGAAGAGAAUGUUGGAAAAGGAUGAGAAAAGUGCAUCUUUCUCUCUCUCCACGGGGCUGACUGCAGCGUCUGCAAGUGCUCAGCUAUCCGGCGCUGUACUAAGUCCGCUGACUCAGGUGGGGAAGAUGCGCCUCCUGGACGUGGGCAGCUGCUUCAACCCCUUCAUGAAGUUUGACGAGUUCCUCACAGUCGGUAUCGACAUCGUGCCUGCGGUCGAGAGUGUGUACAAGUGCGACUUCCUCAACCUUCAGCUGCAGCGGCCUCUCCAGCUGGCGGGCGACUCCGUGGAGGCCUUCCUGCGGCAGCUACACAACCCCAUCGACGCCUUGCCAGCGCAACUCUUUCACGUGGUGGUCUUCUCCCUGCUCCUGUCCUACUUCCCCUCGCCGUACCAGCGCUGGAUAUGCUGCAAGAAGGCCCACGAGCUGCUGGAGCUGCACGGCCUGCUGCUCAUCAUCACGCCCGACUCCUCCCACCAGAACCGCCACGCCCUCAUGAUGCGCAGCUGGCGCGUGGCGGUGGAGUCUCUGGGCUUCAAGCGCUACAAGUACGUCAAGUACUCCCACAUGCACCUCAUCGCCUUCCGGAAGGUGUCGCUCGCCACCACCAGCGACCUGGUGUCGCGCAACUACCCCGAGAUGCUCUACAUCCCUCAGGACUUCCACUCCAACGAGGAGGAGGAGGGCGCCGACGUGCCCUCGCAGGCCCGCUCCGACUUCGAGGACGACCAGGUGGCCUGGGGCUUCACCGAGCUCCCAGACCCCUACGACUCUGAUUCCGGGGAGAGCCAGAGCGGUUCUGUACCCGGCUUCCAGGAGCUGGAGGACCCCAUCCUGCUCCAGAGCUAGGUUCCUGCCAACGCACCCUUCACUCCUCUCUUGGGAACUGCUGUCCCCCCUUCGACUGCUGCGCUGCCAAACUUAACCUGCUGCAUUCUCCUCCUCCUCCAAACGAUGCGGUUUGCACAGUGUGAAAGAGAGACGUUUACACAUUAUUUUCUCAUAACACUCUUUCGACAUAUUUUUUGAUAAAUGGUUAACGUGUUUUGUAAGUCAGUAACAAGGUGAACCCAAGCUUCCGCCGCCCAAGCGCAGACGUCAGCGUGUGUGCAUGCUGAACAUGUCAAAGUCUCCAAAAGCGUGACGGGUGUUUUAAUGUGUUGAACAAGCGGACUCAGGUGGGCUAGCUUUGAAAAUACGAAAUUUUUUUGGAAAUAGAAAUGGUGUUGUUCAGUGUUGUGUGUUUUUAACUCCCUCUUAAGGAUGUAUGCAUCCUUAACAACAACAAUGUAGUAUUUGUAGCAUUUUAGGACCAUCUGACUGGAGUAUUCUACUAAUGUGACUUAAGUGUGUUACUCAUGGUGUCAACAAGGUACUAACGUUUCAAAGUAUUUUUUAAAACCCUUCCUUGUAUAUAAUAACACUGAUUUAGUUCCGAUACAUUUGGGGAGGGGGGGGUUCUAAUACAUUGAAUGAUACAAACAAGCCAAAAGGCUGUAGUCGAACCCUUUGAAGAGUCCUGUUAAAACUUUGACUGUAUUCUGGUCCUCAAACAGAAAACUCACCCUAACUGGAAAGAUUUGCACAUGUCGGACCUCUGAAACAGGCGAGAGGCAUUUUUAUAUAAGCAAUAGUUGAUGAUGAUGCUGCGAAAGUUUUUAAGCUAAUUGCCGAUGACACGUCUGUUCGUUUUGCGGGUGUGAAUGACGGCGUACUGGCACUUUAUCACUGAUCCCAAAGGGUGUUGCAUCAUUGACUUGUUUUCUUACGAAAGUUUAACAACCAGCACAAUGAAAGCGGCACGUCACCCAAAAUAUUUCCUCCCCACCGCUCUUCCAUCCCUAUUAACUAAAAGGAACACUUGCAUCCUCUAGCAAAUGGACCGGACAUCCCACAACAAACCGUUAUUAUUGUCAUAUUAAGGAUUAACAGGAGAUUUGCCUGUGCUAAGACUACAAUACAUGUUCAUAUCUCUUCUGUUUCAUUAGAGCAUCACUCGCGUUCAGUGGUCGUGUAAUAGAGUGAUGCAGUAGUCUUCCAAGGUGUUCCUUUUGGCUCAUUUGCAUGGUUCAUCUUUCAUUGUCAAACCAGUUCAAUAGUGCAGAACAAUGUGUGCUUCUUGUAUGGUUGUAUGCUUGUUUUAUAAAUGAAUGUAAAUGGAA